AUGAUAAAGCUAGAGAAGCCCCGGGAACCGGGAACCCGCCACCUCCUGGGGGCGGAGGGGAAGUCUAGUCCGUCUCCGCGCUGCCCUCCAAUGUCUCGCCUCCUCUUUUCGACUUUCCGUGGUGGCGAGCGCGGGGGCUCAGCGAGCGGAGAGCGCAGCCCCGGGCCCGCGAGGAGGCGCGGCGGGUCGCAUGGUGCCAGGGCGCGGGGCGCUCGGGGUGUCUCCAGCGCGCUCCGGGCGGGCCUGGCUCUCCGCGCUGCCGGGCACUUGCGCUUCGCCUGCCUCUGCCCGCCCGGGGCCGGCGGGCUGCGCAGAGGUGGGUCCGCCCCCUCGGCGCCCGCCGGCUCCAGCAGCUGUGGGAACCCGGCGCCCGGGCGGAGCUCUGGCCGCCGAGCAGGGCCGAGCGCGAGGAGCUGCCCCAACUCGCGAAGCCGCUCCGCUCCGCCGCCGGCGAGCUGCUGCAGCGGCGCCCGCUGUCGGGUGCCGAGCGGAGCUGCAGCCCCGCGCCCUGCGCACCUGGGCGCCGGCACCUGGGUCCGGGUCCGCGCGCUGCCGGGAGGGACUCGCGGCUGGGGCGGGGCCGAGGCACCUGAGCGCGUCCCAAGGGCGCCGCCGCUCGGCUCACCUGUUCCAGAUCGCGGAAGGCGCGGACCCGAAUUCACCAAAGGAAAAGAAAAUCUGGAGGUUCCUGGCACUUUAGUAGCUGCUGAGAAAACUGAGAGACUGAUUGAACAAGGCGGAGGCUCCUUUCAUCAGUUCUAA